CCUCCCCCUUUAUUUUGCUUUACAUUAUUAUUUUAAAUUAAAAAUACUAUGUCGUUCUCAAAUAUGGCCGGUGGUGCUGAUUGUUCGGCUGGAUCUAAUCCCAUGGCACAGAUGCUUAAGCAAUUCAAUCAGGAUCGGUCAUUACAGAGAGAUCGUUUUGGUGUACCAGCCCAAGGAGGUUCCGGGUCGUCUUCGAUGCGCACAAUGAGACAAGCUCCAAUGACAGCAUCAGGGGAUGGCAUGGUCGACGAGUUCUUUGGUCAGGAACAGCAGCAACACAGACCGGCUGGACCGAAUGUGGCUGGGCAAAUAGGAAACAACUUUCAGUUUUCUGAACUCUCUAGAGAACUUGAAAGUAUUCGCCAACAAGAUCAAGGAGGAUGGGCAAACGAAUUUGGUAUGCACAGUAACGGACCUAAAAUCUGGGAGGUCACUGCAGACCAGGAGGCUGCAAUGGAGAAAGCAUUUGAAGAGAGUAUGGCCCGUGCAGGACCUAGUCAAGAUAUCUCAGUCUGGAGAAACGAGUUUAUGAAUCACCCUGAAGUGAGCCAAAUGAACCCUCAACAGCUCUCUGAAUUUGAGCAUGCUUUUCAAAAACACUUUGAUUGGGCUGGUGAAUUUGACAUGCAUUCUUCCAAGGGAAAGGGGCGGAUUGUUGAGCUGGAUAACAAUGCCAGUUGGGAGGACCAGUUUGCAGCAUUUGACAAAGCCGAGACUGAGGAGGAGAUGGCAAGAAAGAUUGAAGAGGCUGCUGCGGCACAGGACCCGGCCAUGUUUGAUCAGUUUGAGUCUGUCUGGCAGGACAUUAGAGACCAGAUGACUGGCAAGGGAGAGUUUGGUGAUGAUAAUAGUUGGGAAGAUGAGUUUGGACAGUUCAACAGCAAUGGUCCAGUGUACAAACCUGAUCUGGGUGAUUAUGUAUUCGAGAUCGACAAUCCCUUCCUUACACACCCUGAUCCUCUCUCGGAAGCAAUUCGCCUGCAUGAUCAAGGACAGAGCCUGAGUGAGACUGCACUGGCCUUUGAAGCAGCUGUUCAACGAGAUCCAUCCAAUUCAGAUGCCUGGAUGAGACUCGGUAUGAUCCAAGCUCAGAAUGAAAAGGAAGAGCCUGCGAUUCGCGCUCUUGAGAAGGCAGUUGAAGUAGAUCCUGGAAAUCUAUCUGCACUCAUGUCUCUGGCUGUAAGCUACACUAACGAAUCUUACGACCAUGCAUCCUAUCAGACCCUUGAGCGCUGGAUCACAGAGAGAUACCCAGAGAUUGGUGGUGCAUCUCUACCAGCGCCCGCUAGUCCUUUUGAACUCCACGCGAGAGUUACUGAUAUGUUCCUUUCAGCUGCAAGACAAGCUCCUGAUGGCCAACAGAUGGAUCCAGAUGUCCAGGUUGGUCUGGGAGUCUUGUUUUAUGGCAGUGGGGAUUUGGAAAAGGCAGUAGACUGUUUUGUGGCUGCUCUCAAAGGAAGACCUAAUGAUUAUUUGUUGUGGAAUCGCUUGGGUGCUACUCUUGCCAACAAUGGCCGCUCAGAAGAAGCUAUUGAUGCAUAUCAUAGAGCGCUUGAACUACGCCCUUCAUUUGUUCGCGCACGUUAUAAUCUUGGCGUGAGCUGUAUUAAUAUCGGUUGCUACAAGGAAGCUGCCGAACAUCUGUUGACUGGUCUGUCGAUGCACAAACGUGGACCACACGAUGCAGAGGAAGGUGUAAAUGUUUCUAGUAAUUUAUGGGAAAUGUUGCGCAAAACAUUUGUGAUGAUGGAUCGCAAAGACCUCGCAGACAAAGCAGUGGCCGGUUCAAAUAUCCAGCAGUUUAGAAAUGAAUUUGAGUUUUAAUAAGAUUUUUUUUUGUUAUGAUAUUUAUGUAUAUGUUUAAUGGCUUUUGUGCUGGUUUAAGUCUACUAGAUUAAGUCUGCUUGACC